AUGAAAUAUUCAAACAAGUCAAGAUAUUUUAGCCUCUCUAUACACAACAUGGAUGAUCCGGAUAUGGAAGUUAGGUAUCAAUGUAUUUGUAAGAAUCUAGUUAAAUGGAGUGACUUAAAUAUUUGUAGAGAAUGUUACAGUUUAAGCUGUUUUCGAUGCCAAGGAUUUGAGCCGGUAGUUAAAUAUUGCCCAAAAUGCCUAGAGGAGCCUGGUAAAAUGGAUCAGAUAUUUUGUAACAGAAAUUGUUUUCAAUGUCCUAGAUGUGAUAUUUCACUUGUGAUCUCCAGUGAAAAGAUGGAUUCGGAUAAAAAAUGCUAUUUGUUUAAUUGUACUGGAUGUAAGUGGACUUUUACUACUCCGCCUACAGGGAAGAUUAAAUCAUUAACCAAAUAUAUACUUGAAUUGUACAGCUCAAAGAAUGCUAGAGCAUAUGAGCUGAUCACACAUUUGCAUAAUAAAAAGCAGCUGUUGCAAUGGGAAGGAAAGGCGUUUAAAUUUGAUGAGAUUGUAUCCGCUCUUGAAGGGAAUGCGCCCAGAUCAAUUGUACAACGUCUUGCUGUUGGUGAAAAAUUGCAUCAAUUAAUUAGUGAACAAAUACCACUGCCGCUGAAAGAUGACAGUAAUGAAGUGCUGUAUCCCAAAAGAUUGCAUCUGAAGUGCAAAUACAGAUAUACCUGUCCACAAUGUAAUCACACACUAAGUGUCCCAGAUGAUUCUCCAUCAUCCUCGAGACUUCAUAAGGAGUCAUUUGCAAUGAACAUACUCCCACGUAUUAGAAUUGAAAAACUAGCGGUUGCAUUGGGAAUGGAUCACCAGGACCCAUCAGCUUUCGCAAUUGUUGUAAUAAACCCCAACCCUUCUAGGUCAAUUGAAUGCACUCUUACUGCCUCCGAUACAUUGUUUAUGCCAAUUAGAAAGUUUAACAUCCCGGCUGUUUCAGUAAAUGACUACAAAAUAAUUAAAAACUCAGGAAAGGAUAUUAAUCUUCAAAUUCUUGAACAGUAUGCCAAGUUUACACCCACUUAUAUGCUUGGUAAUGAUCACAAAAUUAAUAGAGCAGAGAGAACACGUCGUCUGGGUAGCAGAUUUCCGUUCCAGAACUCUACCACUAACUCUAUAAAUUUAUUGGAUUACGAUAUUGAUGAAGAUGCGAAGGCAAUAGAUAAAGGUGAUGGAUGGUGUAUAUUACCCUUAAAGCUUCUGAACAAAGGCAAUCAUCUGCUAAAUCUCUUGGUCAAUAUCGAGGGAUUCGAGGUUAGGUUAAAUUUACAUUUUAUAGCAAAACCAAGCAAUAGCUAG